AUGUCCUUCGAUUGGUUGAAUGUUCCGGGACUUAGCAGUGAUGAAGGUAAUGUUACCGUUGAAGAAGCAGGUCAAAUGCCUCCACCAAGCGUCUCCUUUAACUUUGGUCCUGGUUCCGCCAUCAGCUUCAAUGCAGAGCAGCCUGCUAAUAAUUCAAAUCAGCAACCUAAACAAAGCCUGAGUGGCAACGUUAAGACGGCGAAUGGCAACUGGUCUGGUCAUCCCCAAGCCUCGCCGAAUGAGCAACCAAAGGCUCACCAGAAUGAGCUAGUCUACAGCCAGCAUAGCAAUAUACACAAAUCACACAAGAUAGAGGCAGAAGCAGACAUCGAAUAUAAGGAGACACCGGAUGAAUUGCGGGUGCCUCUCUCGCUAUCGCGCUCAGAAUUGACAUUCGAAGAAGUCCGAACAUAUCUAAGAUGGUAUAAUUGCAUUACUUUAAGGACACACUCGAAAUUGGUACGAUUAGCGGAUGUUUUCAGGUUUUUGUCGAACUUCAACAUCAGCGAACAGCUCAAGGAGCGCAUUACAUUGAUCUUCAGGACAUGCAAGAACGCAUUGAACAUUGGUCAAUUCUUUGCGGUGCUAAGACUAGUUUCCAAGGCACUCAUAGAGAAUAAGAUGCCCAAUCGGAAGAUGAUUCUGGAGAAAGCCCCGAUUCCAAAACCGCGUCCCAUUCUGAGUAGCGGGGCUGGCCAAGAAGUCUACGAGGAGGUGGAUGAGGAGCCCGACGAUAUCAAUGGUGGGAAGGUCGAUUUCGAUUCUUUUGCGUCACUCUUGCUUACGGGAAAAUCUGCUCGCAAGAGGAUAAGGAGAAGAAUCACUAUUGUGGCCGACAAGAAUAAGAGGGUUCGCUUUUCCGAGCAUCUUACUUUCCAAGAGGCACCAAGCUCCGACGGCGUUGAUCAAAAACACGAGGAUAUCGAGGAAAAUGAGGAGAGUGAUAAACUCGACUUAUCGCUACCGAUGGAUCAACUGCUGAAACGGAUGGCGAAGAGAAAAGAGAAGAACAGUGCCUUGGUAUCAGCAAUGCCUAACGAUCAACAAGAAACUGAGGAAGAAAGGGAAGUUCUGGAAGAAAUGAAGGACUCCCUUUCACACUUUAAACAAAUCCAGACGGUGGAUUUUGCUUCGAUGGCUCCGGGCAGUGUGCCCUCCAUAGUACUCGAUAGUAGUAAGGCAAAUAGCGAUGGUAAUUUGUCACAGGCGCCUGCGCAAGCUCUUAUACCAUUAAAGCCAACUUCUACCGGUUCGGCAAACCAUUUAUUUCGUCAGCAUUAUAACCCACCACAGGAAUCGCAAAUGGACAGCCAAGCAUCACUUUUACCACUGAAACCAACCGCGACAGGCUCAGCUAACUAUCUGAUGCGUAAUCAAAUACCUUCGCAACAGCAUGGAGCAUCAGGAUACUCUCCAUCAGCAACUGGCUCCAGUCCAGUAAGCGGCCUACAGCCAUUAAAACCCACUGCGACCGGAUCAGGAAAUUAUCUCAUGAAACAGCACUUCAAUCAGCAAUUCACACAGUCCACCAACAGUUCCAAUGCAGCGAAUGACGUCCAUGGACGCUCCUCUCCACUUUAUAGUGGUCAAUUACCGCCGGAUCCUCAUCUGCAGGCUCCGCAGCCAAGCGUUUCGCUGCAACAGCAACUGUCCCCGCAAAUUACACCUCAAUCUCAGAAUCUACAACCACAACGUCAACAGCAGCAGCAGCAGCAGCAGCAUGGUGUCUUUUCAGCGUCGAAUCCUGCUGGAAGUUACUUCCAGUCACUCCUAUCGCAUUCGCCGUCCCCGAGUUCCAGCACGUCCAAUCUCCCAGUAAUGGCCUCUGGCAGUCCGUAUCGGGAUAUGCUGCCUAGCAACGGACCUACAAGCCAGUCUCGUGCCACCUAUAACAGCGGCUAUCAGUACUCCAGUCCAGUUCCUGAUCGACAGCAACCAAUGUUUACUGGAUCCAAUCAACCACAAGUGCAAUCACAGCAACUGCCACAGCAACUGCCACAGCACCAGCAAAACCCACAACAGUUUAUCCCCCAGCAAGGUUUCACCAACGGAUUCUCAGCUCCCAGACCAUAUGCAAUGCCAACCUCCGCCAGUCCCCGAAGUGGCGAUAUCUUAAGCGACUUGCAGAGUCUUCAGCAACAGGUCGACGCCCUGCAAAGUUCUUAUUCCCAGCGGUGA